AUGGCAUCAGUGCACUCAAUACAUAUCGAGGAGACUCCUCCCCGGCGCACCACCAGAGCACCAAGCACACGCGCUCCCGGAACGCGAAAGGUAUACGGCAAGCGACGAACUGCCGCUCCUAGAGCUGUAUUCGAAGAACGGAGCCCCGCAAAACCGUUGGAAAUAGCGAAUACCGAUGUUGUUCACGAUGCAGUCAAUGCUAUCCAGACCAAGCUCGCAAGCAUUCAAAUCGAUGAAAGAAAAUUUUUGAAAGACGGCCUGAAAGACCGUAAAGAGAAUAUCCAUGAAGUGACAGCAUCCGAAGCUUGCGAGAUUACCACCAAUGAGACCUCUAUGUCGAAACUCAAGCCGCCAGCAGAGCCUGCUCCAACUCGACGUUCACAACUCAAAGUCACCCCAGUGCCCAAGAAGCGGUUUCAGACAAUGGUGGAAGUGAGGGUCACCCCUAGGGUCAUCCCUAAAAACGCUCAAGAUCCCGUGCAGGAAACUCUUAGGGAGGCUUCCGCCGUCCUGGACAGCUGCAAGAAAAGCACCAGAAAAAACAAACCGCUACAAAGGCCAUCGUCUGAGUACGUUCAAAAUGAAAAAGCAACCUCCUAUGUUCGAUCUAUCCUGGACGAGACAUUGUCUCCGGCAGCAGCACAGGGCAUCCAGAAGUUCGAAUCGUGGGCAGCGCGAGCGGGGGAAAUGCUGGAAGUCGUGAAAUUGGCUGAAGGCUCAUACGGAGAGGUCUACAAGCUCCGGCUGAGGGAGGAUGUAUGUCAGAAGGAGAUGUCCAAAUCCAAGCUGGCACGUCUUAAGGCGUGUGGUGAUGGUGUUUUCAAGGUUGUCCCUCUACGAGCCCAAAGCGGUCCUGGCUCUAAGAAGUUUACGAGUAUAGAGGAAAUAGUGGCGGAGGUAAAAAUGCUCAAAUAUCUGGACCCCAUACCAGGGUUCGCGCGCUUCAGGGAAAUCCACGUUGUCGAAGGCCGGUUUCCAGCGGCCUUCCAGAAAGCCUGGGACAUCUACAAGAAAACGAAAGACGACUGUCUCAACCCUAACCCUUCAAGUAAACGAGCCUAUCCUGACUCACAAAUCUGGGCAAUCAUCGAAAUGGACGAUGCUGGCUGCGAGCUUGAAAAGUUCUCUUGGUCAUCGAUCUUCCAGGUUUACGAUAUAUUUUGGGGGGUUGCUAUGUCGUUAGCCCGAGCUGAAGAAUAUGCUUUGUUUGAGCACCGCGACCUUCACCUCGGCAACGUUUGUAUUCGAAGCACGCGACCAGAUGGCGGCAUGCACCCACCGUCAGACUCAGAGAUCAUGCGACAAUCAUAUUCAAGCGGUUUUGGAUUGAGCACACUCCAAACAACGCUUAUUGACUAUUCGCUCUCACGUGCAGAGUUAGCGCUUGACGAUGAGGCAUCAGAGCUGCUGGAAAUAACCUCUUCGGACCUUGAUAAAAAGCAGAUUUUCGAUGCUAUCGGCGAAGACGAGGACGAUGCCCUGCUCAGGGACACCUACCGACACAUGCGUGCCCAGCUAUACAAAGGCAACCCCGUCGACAGCGAGAAAACACCCGACAUCCCCGGUAUCUGGGCAGAAUAUGCACCACGCACAAACCUGAUUUGGCUGCGCUUUCUUCUCAAAAUGCUGCUGAAAAAUCGAAAACCUGAAGCCCCAGAAAACUCGACUCAUAACCGGCGACAACCGCUCGCGCCAUGCUCGUCCAACAAAGAGAUCAAAAAGGCGACCAAGUCAAGCAAGAAGAAGCAUGACGCGCCCAGUAAGAUCAACCGUAGCUCAGAUGUCCAUGCCAAGAUAGCGGACCUGAAGCAAACGCUAGAGGACAGGCUGGUUGCGGUUUUGGAACUCCUGGACCUCGAACAUGGACAUGAUGAUAUGUGCUGUUCAGCUGAUUUGGUUGCCUUUGCUAUCGAUGCUCAGUGGCUUGAUGAGAGGGACUUCUUUUCCGCGGAAUAG